AUGAGCACUCCCAGCAAGCGAUCGAAAGGCGCACCGGCCCCGGGCCUAGGGCUCAACAUCUCCGAUGCAGAGAUAAAGGUUUUGAUUAUCGCUUUCGCAUGUAGUACUCCUGGCAAGGUUGAUUUCGACCUUCUCGCCACACGAGGCGGAUACACCAAGGCAUCGGCCAGGGUCCUUCUUGCGAAGGCGAAGCGCAAACUCGCCGCACAAUUUGCGGAAGUCAAUGUCACCGAUAACCAGGAAGACUCCAGUACCGCCAACCCUCAAGCGGUUGAAAAUUCGGGUACCGCUCACCUCCAAGGGGCGCAGUCUGCGGCAGAUACAGUGGUCAAGGAGGUUACUGCCCUUCUGUCUGGAGAUUUGAUGUCUCCCAUGCGCACGGACCUGAAACGGAAGCACUCAUUCAGUGAAGAGGAAGAGGUCGCGGGAGAUAUUCUCUUUGACAUUUAG